AGGUCCAUGAAGUUACCACACCAGCAGACGACGUAUGUACCAGGAUCAGAGUUACGGCGUGCGUCUAGUUUUUGCAAUUUAAAAAAACGUACUAGAAAAUGAAGACAUCGAUACCAGUACUAGUCGUUUCAUUAUUUGUGUCGCAUGCAGCAUCUGCCUGUAAAGAAGGGAGCAUCACAAACAACCCAAAAGAUUGUAACACGUACAUUGUCUGCCUCCACGAAAAGGAAAAAGUCGUCUCAUGUCCGGCCGGACUUCAGUUCAACAAGGAGAAAAGUAUCUGCGAUUGGCCAGCGAACGCGAAUUGUGGUGGUGAAAGUGAUGGAGAAAGUGGUGAAAAUGGGAUCACAACGACCCCAAAGCCAACCGGUCCACCACCUCCGCACGGACCCUCUCCCAGAUUUGCCCCAUAUUUUGACGUGAUGCUCAAAGGAGGAAUGAACCUGUCUCAAAUUUAUGAGAAAACUGGCCAAAAGGAUUUCACCUUGGCGUUUGUCCUAGGCUCGAGUGGCGGCUGUGACCCGAAAUGGGGUGCAGAAAGGGAUUUGAACGAUUCUGAAAUCAUUGACGGUAUCCGAGCCGUGCAGGAGAAGGGGGGUCAGAUGAUUGUAGCGUUGGGUGGUGCAGUCGGACCUUAUCUUGAACAUUCUUGUAAAUCCGUGGAUUCAUUGGCGGAAGCGUAUUUAAAGAUUUUGGACACGGUUAAGACAACCCAUUUGGAUAUUGAUGUAGAAGCACCAAUCAAUAUGGAAAUGGUCAACAAAGCGUUAGCGAAAGUACAAAAGGAAAGGCCAACGACAAGUGUGAGUUACACAUUAAUGGUACAAGCGGAAGAUUUCGGACUGAAUCCACAAUUAGGACUCAGAAUGAUUGAAAGUGCGAAAGAGCAAGGGGUUCAUGUCGAUAUUGUGAAUCCGAUGACAAUGGAAUUUGGGGGACCUAGCCCAGAUUAUGGCGACCAAGUCAUUGGAGCUGCUAAAUCCGUGAUCAAACAGAUGAAAAUUGUAUGGCCGGAUAAGUCGGAUGGAGAGAUUCGUAGGAUGCUGGGGGUGACUCCCAUGAUUGGAAAGAACUUUAAUACAAAAGUAUUCGAAACUAAGCAUGGGCGUAGAUUGGUCGAGUGGGCCAACAAUAACCAUAUCGGUUUCCUCUCAUUCUGGUCCGUUGGACGAGAUAAUGGAGGCUGUCCCGGGGGUGGAAUUUCACCAUCUUGCAGCAGCACUAGUCAAUCGGAUUACGAGUUUACAAAGACUUUCCAAGCCUUCAUAGAAUAAUUAACUGAGCCAAAAAUAUUUCAAACGCGUAAAAGCUUUACAUGUACAACAUUGUAUUUACAUAUAUUUUCCUAGCUUCAUGAACACGGGAAUUUAUUGAUACUUUUCUUAAAAAAUAACAAGAUAUAGUUUUUUUUACUACAUGCAAUUAAAAAUGAUAGGUCGAUCAAGUUUUUGUGGGAGAAAGCAUACAA